AUGACCUCCAAAAUCAUCCUCCUUAUCGCCUGCGUACUUGCUGCUGGAUUGGUCCAGGAAACCUCGGCUCAAUGGUACGGCGGUUACGGCUGGCCGUCGUAUGGCUAUGAGCCCCUCGACCGCGGCAGGGUCGAGAAACACUUCAAGUUCCUCGUGCUCAAGCUCGUCGGCCCGGAUUUGCAUUACUUGAGAUCAAAGGUGCUGAAGCGGAACUUUUCCAAGUCGACGGCCCUCCGGCUCGCCCUGAUGACGCUGAAGGCGAUCGCCGACCUGCACGAGAUGGGCUGGAUUCAUCGUGACAUCCGCCCCGCCCAGUUCUGGGUGGGCUACGGCCCGGACUGCAUGAACCUGUACCUCGUCGACUUUCUCAAGAUUCGCCAGUACCAGCGCAGCAACAAGGUCCAUCUGAAAAAACGCCCAGGAAUCAUGAGUGACGUCAAGUACAGCCACCACCGCUACCUGUCCAGACAGGCCGCCCAGAACUUUGAUCAGAGCCGUCGUGAUGACUAUGAGAUGUGGCUCUUCAUGGUGAUCGACUUCUUCGACGACCAGGCCCUCCCGUGGUGCAAGAUGCGCGGCCUCGAGUCGGUCAUGUCGAAGCUCGAGUUCUUCACCACACCCAAGGCCCGCGAGAACACGAUCCGCGCCGUCCAUCCCGACUUUGAGCUGAUCGCCGACAUGGUCAACAAGAUGAAGUGGGCCUCGGAGAUGCGCGUGCCGUUCCUCGAGGAUACGCUGAAGAGCAUUGCAGGGAAGCUAAAGCUGAAUCUAAAGGAACCGUUCGACUGGACCCCCGAGAUGGCCACCCAGCACGCCAGCGCCACGGCCAGCAUUGACGCCUACCAGGCUGGAGCUGAUAUGCAACGCCGCAGCAACAGCGGCAGCGGCGGCAGCAAGAGCAAGAAGCCCCGAGCGGCUGAGGAGUCGUUGAGGUCGAAGAAGAAGGCGCCCAGCCGCCUCAUCGGCUCCAAGGAGAAGAGCCGCACGAAUCGGCUGCCGGCCAAGAGUCCUGCCCAACCCAUCGAGGUCAAGGUCAGCCCGCAGAAGCCGGAGCAGGUCGUCGGCGGCAAGGACGACGAUGAGGAGGAGGAGUUUAUGACCCCUGGCGGCGGCGAGAAAGACUACGUGCGCGCUGAGUGCGUGGUGGCCGGGUUGAAGAAGCAGAAGCCGAAGCGGGCCGCGGACGAAGAGAACGAGGCGUACGACAACUUCAAGUUC